AUGUGGCAAAACAAUGGUUAUGGAGGCCAUUUUCCGAGUAAUAUGAACCAAGAUGAAUUUCCACCCCCCUUUGCAGGUACUCCUGGUCCAGGACAGCAAUACUUCCAGCACCCACAGCCGCAUCUCAUGCAGUACGAAGACGGCAAUGGCGAGAGCUAUAUGAAUAAUGAAUUCCAGCCUCAAGUUGGGCUUUUUAAUAAUGAAGGAGCCUUCUUACAGAACCAAUUCGUCAGCCCACAAGCCCAAGUAAGUCCUUUCUCACCUCCGCGCUUCAAUAUACCUCAACCCACCGCCCCAACUCCUCCUCGGCUUACACAGAUCAACGCCAGAGCUGCAGAGUUGAAAGCCCAAUUACUUAAGGGGAGGGAGGGCCGAGCAGCAUCAGCGACCCCUCCAGUUAACGCGCCGGGACUGGGUGCAAAACAACCAAGUGCCCCUGGUAACCCAAGCUCGUUACGCAACUCUCCAAACACGCCGGUGACCGCGGCUGCCGAGGAGUUUGAGCAGGAGCGCAACAUCAAUGAGCUAAUCUCUCAAUAUUCCGAAUCCAAGCCAGCUACAGAUACAACUGUAAAGCAAGAAGUAAAAAAUGGCGCACCGAAUACCUCUACUUUGCAACAACAUCCGACACACCCUGAUCCCCCAGCGAAGUCGCAAAUACCUUCGUUAGGAAGCCCUACGAAAGUAACAAAACCAGCAAUCAAUAGUAAUCUAACUGUCAAUACAACAAGUGGCAAAACCUCUGAGAGCGGAGAUAACAGGAAUGGCUCGAUAUCAGAAAUAUCAGAGGGUGAAAUACUUGAAGAAUCAACGCCAAAAGAAGCACUGCCACCAGCAGAAUCAAAAGAGUCUCAAAACACAUCGAAGAAAACAAAUACUGAUGCGCAGACCACUCGCAAAACUCGAGAUGAGCCAGCGCUCAGACCAAGUUAUGGUCAAGGCUCUCGUGAAGAGUCACUACCUCCACCUCCAAGCAACUCAAAAGCGCAGCCUUCACGCACUCGUGACGAGAAGCGCGAAGAAUUCGAUUCACGCCAGGAACGGAAAACCUAUCAUCCGUCAGAUUAUGAUAAUGAACGUGGACCUUAUUCUGGUUUAGAUAAGCAAUCCUAUCCUCGUCGCGAAUUUCGUGAACAGAAUGAAGAGUACCGCAGACCCUACAAGAACGAACAAAAUCAAGAUGAAAGCACCAGGCCUAUUCGCGAAGCAAAACCGCCUACCCUGGCACAAUUAUUACCCCAUGACGAUAACUUGAGAGAAUGGCUAGAGAUUACUGGCUACCACAAUGAACAAUACAGGGACAAGGUCUUGAACAGACGACGAAAGAUUGCAGCCUUAGACGCGGAGAGAAACAGGCUCCUGGCAGAGAUGGAAGCCGAAGAACAUGCAGGCUUUCCCAUCAUUACAGGGGCUCAUACGCCGAGCUCUGUAAUGCUAGCUCCACCACUCCCUAACACAGUAGGAGUCCGAGGAGAUGCCGCCCCGAAAGCUGGCAAUGCAAUGCCUGAAUUACAGCGUGACCGUAUCGUUUCUAACAAGCGUCCUUACAGCGAUGUCCAAGACCCACGUGAUGACGGAGGCGUGGGAAAGAUCCAGCGUACUGAUGAUCGUGGCCCGCGAGACGAAGAUAUUACUUCUCGACAUUCCAGACCGAGUGUCUACGAGCCUUCCCGCCCAUUAUCGCCUGACUAUCGUGAUGAGAGAGAUUCUUCCCGUCCUCGAUAUGAUGAUGGCCGUGGCCGUGGCCGCCCCUCUAGCCGUGAUCGUGAUCUAUCUCCUGACUCGAGGGGCUAUGACAGCAGACCUCGCGGUAGAGCUUAUGACAGGGGGUCGGACGACUAUGAUCGUGACGAUUGGCGAGACCAGCAGGAUAGGGAGAAACGUCCGUUUGAGACUCGGGGUGCGUAUAGAGGACGUGCUUUCGAUCCGAAUUUUAGAGGUCGAGGCCGUGGUUCCAGAGGGCGCGGUGAUUUCCAAAGCCACCUGGAUUCGAGAUCCGAUUCGAGCCCCUUUGGAUCCAGAAUUGCCAAUGGCAAACCAUACAAGGAUGUCAGGGGCUUUGAAAGGGGUGGAAAAGGUGACACCAGAUACUUCAUCGUAAAAUCCUUCAAUGAAGAUAACGUCUUGAAAUGCAUCCAAGAUUCUAUCUGGACCACGCAAGCCCAAAACGGGCCUAUCUUCGCUGAAGCCUUCCAAACCUGCAAGAACGUAAUCCUAGUCUUCUCGAUUAACAAAAGCAAAGCCUUCCAAGGCUACGCACGCAUGGAAUCCCUCCCCGGCAGCGUCGACGUACCCAGCUGGCAAAAAGCCAUCGCGUGGGAGAGCGCGGGGGCGUUCAAAGUGCGCUGGCUCGUGAUCUGCACGACGCGGUUCCAAAAGGUCGGCCAUCUGAAGAACGCGCUGAAUGAGAAUCAGGCGGUGCUGAUUGGGAAGGAUGGUCAGGAGAUUGAGGAGGCGUGUGGGAGGGCGCUGGUGGAGAUUAUUGAUGAGGAGGUGGAGGCGGCGUUGGGUGGGUGAAUUUUCUGUGGAGGGGAGAGGGGGGUGGAAAGAGGGGGGUGCAAAGAGGGGGGUGCAAAGAGGGGGGUGCAAAGAGGGGGGAGGGAUGAGAGGGAUAGGGUAGGUAAGGUUAUGAUUUAUGGUGUAGAUGCUGAUCAUGACGAUGAUGAUGAUGAUGAUGAUGAUAGCUAGGCAUACACAUUUAACCAAGCUGAUACUUUCAGAGUUUAUACAUAUAUAUAUGUAUCUAGGUACCUUACCUUAGUAUAGCAAAUAACACAGUACAUAC